AUGGAGGAUCAUAACCCAAUCGACCAAUAUGAGAGACACCCAGAUGAUAAAGAUAGUCAUAUCACCAUCCCAAAACGACGCGUCAUCAUUGAACCAGUUAUCUGCAUGUACUUCAUUGCGAUGUCACCUAUCUUCAUUGUUGGGAAACAAUACAUUUACUCGAGAGUUGCAGAAGAUCAUGGGUUCAAGUUUGAUUCAAGAGGCGAAACAUCAGAUUGUGCAGUCAACCAUAGCAGUCCCGAGUACCAGAAAGAAAAAGCUGUACAAGAAGUCACUUCUCAUUGGCUGUUGAUCCUAGAGGUAGCGAUUACAGUGCCAUCUAUCUUCUCGACUGUUAUCAUAGGAGCAUACAGUGAUAAGGCUGGGAGGAAGAUUGCAUUUAUAGCCCCUAUCAUCGGGUGUUUCCUCCGUGCAAUCACAUAUAUGGUCGUUGUCUAUUUUAAAUUACCUCUCCAUUGGCUUAUACUCUCCAGUGUAUUCGAGGGUUUAGCAGGAAGUACUGGUUCGGCUAUUUUAUCAUGUUAUGCAUAUGCUUGUGAUGUAUCAACUGUGGAAAAUCGAUCAUUCCGGAUAACCAUGAUGGAAAUUUCCAUUGGGAUAGGGAAUGCAAUCGCUGUAGGUUCAACUGGACCUUUGAUUAAAGCAACAGGCUACGUGGUUCCCUACGUCAUCAUAACAGGUGUCCACUUGGUAAAUCUUACAUACGCUUACUUUUUUGUACCAGAGACCGUCAAAAAACAGCCGGACGCUAAAUUUUUCACACUUAACCACUUCAAAGUUACAUUUAAGCUAUACGUCAAAGACAAUGGCACAAAACGACGAUGGAAAUUGAUAAUACUGUUAGUUGUCUUCUUUUUCUGUGAGAUGGUAAUUGCAGGCUCUACGGGGACACAAGCUUUGAAGCUUCUAAAGUCGCCACUUUGUUUCAACUCGGUGCUGUUCGGGCUGUACCGGGCAGCUCAUGUUCUAAGUAUGCAGACGGGUACAAUGAUAGCAGUGAAGUUAUUCCAAAAGAGAGUCUCUGAUGUAUGGUUUGCCUUCUUCGGCUGCUUUGGGGGAAUGGCCACUAAUAUCUUCUUUGGAUUUGCUAAUACGAGAUUAUUGAUAUUUAUGGUUGCGAUUGUUGCCUUCACGGGAAACAUGGUGCUUCCAAUGGUGCGAUCGAUGAUGUCUAAGCUUGUCCAACCAUUAGAACAAGGGUCACUGUUUGCCAGUCAGGCCUCAAUACGUGCCUUGUGUGUACUGACGAGUCAGUUUAUGUUCACAGCGACAUAUGCUGCCACCUUAGGAAUAUGGAGCGGUACCGCAUUCAUGUUAAUGGCUGGUAACAACCUCAUUGCACUCGUAGUUAUAAUAUUAUACAUGGUAUUAAUUAAACGAGAGAUGAAGAAAGAAACCAAAGAUCCCAGUCAGAUUCUUUUGAAGUACAAUCAGUAGCUCAAUUAAUAUUCC